AUGAAAUCUUCAAUUAGUUACGUUAUAUUAGCACUCUACCUUUAUAUGGGAAGCUUCACAACAGUUCAAGAAGCAUCUGCAGGACUUCCAAUUGAUCCAUCGCCUGUAUUAUCACUAAUUUGUGGCGGUCAACAUGAAAUAUUUUUAGGACCAGGUACAGCACCGAAUUGCGAUCAGCAUUGUGCAACAUUAUGCGAACCAUGCGACGUUGUCUAUAUACAACCACCUUCCGGCUGUUACUGUGCACCUGGUUUUUCACUCUACCUUUGUAUGGGAAGCUUCACAACAGUACAACAAACCACUACAUCUUAUCCACGAUAUCCGUAUGAUCCAUUGCCUACUGCGCCAACUUGUUACGGUCAGUACGAAAUAUAUUUAGGACAAGGUGAAGCGCCAAAUUGUGAUCCAAUAUGUGCAACAUUGUGCCAACCAUGCGACAUUGUCUUUAUACAACCACCUUCUGGCUGUUACUGUGCACCUGGUUUUUGUAGGAAUAAUAAUUACGAUUGCAUUCCAAUAUCAGACAAACCAGUUUGUUAUGGUCAAUACGAAGUAUAUUUAGGACAAGGUGAAGCACCGAAUUGUGAUCAGCAUUGUGCAACAUUAUGCCAACCAUGUGGCGUAGUCUACAAACGACCACCUUUCGGCUGUUAUUGUGCACCUGGGUAUUGUAGGAAUGAGAAUUCUGUUUACCAUAUGGCAUUGCAUUCAGAUAAUCAAAAUAUCAUAAAGCAAAUAUGUGGCACUAACGAGGUGUUUAUAAGAGAUUAUGACGGCUUUACAUAUGAUGUUACUUGUUCUAGCCUAUGCGAUCCGAAACCUCUACCACUACCAUCAAUAGACAUUGAUUACGGACGGCCAUCAAUAGGAAUACCACCACCAUGUAGUGGUGGAAGUUGUUAUUGCAAACCUGGUUAUGUUCGAGACGAUAAUUAUGUCAGAGCAAUGAAAUAUUUCUUUAAUUUAAUCGCAUUAUCACUAGUUUUAAUUAUAAACUUCGGAAGUCUAAAAGAAGUCAAUGGAUGCGCUUGCCAAGAGCCAACGUGUGGGCCAAAUGAAGUUUACUUGAAACAAGGUGAAGCACCAAAUUGUGAUACCGUCUGCUCUGAAUUAUGUGAACCAUGUGCAAUUGUUUUUAUACAAGCACCCUUCGGUUGCUAUUGUAAGCCAAGUUUUGCCAGAGAUGAAAAUGAACCAGCUUGUUCCGGUCCCAAUGAAGUGUAUUUAAAACAAGGAGAGGCACCUAAUUGUGAUCCUGCUUGCUCAACAAUAUGUGAACCAUGCACUAUAGUUUUUAUCCAAGCACCUUUUGGUUGCUAUUGUAAACCGGGCUAUGCAAGAGAUUCAAAUAAUAAACAUAUUACAGCAGAAUUUCAGAAAAACAUCACUUUUAUCUUACAAAAUUCAGAAUUACCAAUGGAUAAUGAUCCUUAG